ACGAGCUUUGUUUACAGUGGAGGAGGCAGACGCAGACAUACCUACUGCUAGUGGUGCCCUAUCUGUCAAGUGAAUCCUGGGCCGGUCUGAGGAGGGUACCACGGAAACACCACAUGAACGAUGGGCAUUACCAAGGACAGACUUCUGUACAUCAGGCAGCUGCCAGGUCCUCAGAGCAAGAUUCAAUAGGAGUCUCUAGAAGGAGAAAGAAGGUGGAACUGGAGACUGAACCUACCAAGGGUUUUAAGAGAUAUUUCAUAUAAGUUGGAAUUUUGAUAAGUUGGCAAAGGCUGAGCCCUAUUAUGCCAAUUUAUAUAGAAGCAAGAUGGCAACAAAACAGAAACUCUCAAGAAAGCGGGGAAAUGAACACCUUAGAGACAUAACUAGCAACUUUAUUGAGGCAUCUGAAAUUACCAUUAGCAGAUCAAAAAGGAGAAAGAAUGGAAAUGGUGAAAUUAUUAACACUGGAAACCAAGAAGCUGUUGAGACACAAUUACAGCCAUAUGGUCAGAUAGCACCAUGUGAAUCCCAACAAAAAUGCUCUAAUAAGCACACUUAUUCAGAUGGUAAAAAAACAUUUUCCAUUAUUGAUGCCUCAAGCACAGAAAAAUGUGUAAGAAACAGAUACAAAAACACAUAUGCUUCUUUGAGUAAAACUGGAUUAUUGUCAAAUCAAAUAAAGACCAAGCAAUAUAUAGGUGCCAGUAAUGUAGUGCUUAUUAAAACCAAUAAGGAUGUUGAACAUCAGAGUGCUGGAGAAAAUGACAAAGGAAAAGAAAUACAACAAAUGGCGCCUGAUUCAGUAAACAUAUCACUGACUGUAUCAAAUAACAUACAAAUCACUGAUUCUGAAAAACUAAGUGAUAAUUGUACACAAGUUGUUGAUUCGAAUAGCAUACUUAAAAAUGAGAAUGGGUGUUUGAUUUAUGUUCAAAGCCCAAGUUUUCCAAAUGGCAAAACAAGAAGGACUAAUGCAGAAAGAAGUUGCCCAAAAACUGUGAAACCUCACCAGGUUGCAGAACCAGAAUGUUUCAAGGAAAAGUUCAAUACAUUAGAUUCAAUUAUCUCUACUGAAUUUUUGUCCCAUGUUAAUCAUUCACGAAGUCCAGUAUUAAAUCCAAUGGCUAAGGUAUCUGCAAUAUCUGCUACUUCAUCAGUGCCAACCCUGAGUGCCAGCACAUCAGCAAUAACAGCCAUUUCAACACCAAUCCCAACCUUCCCCAAGUUACCUGAUGUUUUUGGAGAUAUGUUGAAGGUUGAAGCUGAGUACCUUGGACGAACAACUUUGACUAGUGGAAGGAAGGAUGGCUGCUCAGGAAGCACACUACAGGAAAUGGGUAGUGAUGGCCGUGGUUGCAGUUCUGUUAAAAUAAGCAAACAAAAUCAUUGUUCCUCAGAGUCUUGCAGUCAAAAUGUUCAUCAUAACCAGCAAAUUGUCUUCCCCCUAAGAUGUACAGAUCCAUCCACAAGUGUUCCUUUGCCAGUGGUUGACAUCUUAAGUGAAGGUCAUAACUCAUACGUGAAAGAAGAAGACAGCAUAAGGCUAGCUAAUAACGUAUCAGGCACCAAGACAGGCAAGAUCCAUGCACUAGGAACAAUAAUGAGAAGUGCCAGCUCUGAGGACCCAAGCUUCUUGCAGGUUGACACUUGGGCUACACAUAUGCUGCAAAAUCUAGAGCUGCUGUACAAAAAUGAAAGCCAGUGUGAUUUCAUCCUUAAAUUUUGUGGAGGUGAAAUUCUUAAGGUACAUCGAACAAUCCUGCUGGCAUGUACAUCCCUUGUUUCUGAAGCUGAUGCUGUGCAGGGUGAGAAUGAAUUGGUGGUCCCUGCAGACCUUAAUUUUGCAAGUGUUGAACCAGUAAUUAGAUUUGUCUAUAGUGGCCGUUUGGAAAUUCAGAAGUCAAUUAAUGAGAUGAGUGCAAUUUAUGCUGCUGCAAAAAGACUUGAGGUAUCACUCCUGACACACAUAAUGGAUCAUCACUUUCCAUAUUUAUUUCCACCAUGUACCCAAAGUUUAACAUCACUGGGAGAUUGCAAAAAGCAAAUAGAAAACAAGGAACAGUUCUCAACAAAGAGCAUCAGUUCUGCCACUCUUUUAAGCAAGAACUUUCCUCAGAGCCCUCUCCGAGGCAAAUCUGCCACCAGCAAAAACACACCAGUAGCUACCUUGAUGGAAAAUGAGCAGGACUUUAAUUCAAAGACUUUCCAAGAUACUGACUAUUCUGAAAAAGUAGUCAUGGAAGAGUAUGAAACACCAGAUGCCUCAGUGUAUUAUUUAGUAACUAACUCAAGGAAUCAUUCUUACACUAGUAGUCCAGGAAGGUCAAAAAAAAUUACUGAAGAGGCCAGACCAACAAGAUUUCAACUUGAAGAGGACUCUGAGAAGCUUCCCUUGAAAGCUGCAGCAUGGAAGACCAGAAUCUCUUCAGCCUCAUCUCCUGAUGUAUCAUUGACACUUAAUACUUCAAAUCUUACUCAUACUCCUAUGUCUUCUCCAGCUUUGGUGGGUUGCACCAGUUCAGAAACUUGCUCUUUUACUACCUCUAGCCCAUCUCAAGUAUUCAAGAAAUAUUUGCCUUCAUCAGACAUUAAAGUGAAGAAAAAGAACCCUCAUUUGAUAAGUCAUGUAUCUCAUGAAGACCAAAUUAUAGAAUCCAUAAACAGUUCUAACCAAAACUUAGGAUUGGAUAAUGACAUAGAUGCUCCUAUUGAAUGUAAUGAGUAUGAUAGUGUGGCUGAUAUUCAUGAUGACCACCACACUAAAGAAAGUGAAUCCAGGAAACAAAAUGAUGAACUCUUGGAAAAAAUUUCAAGUAUUUGUAGGCAACUUGAAGAAAAAGAACCAAAUGAUGUAAAUGAAUUACAUGAGACAAAAAUCAGAGGAGAAAAAUCUGAUGAUAAAUUAAAUUUAUUAUCCACUAUCAAUAAGACAGACAGUAAAGAGGCAUCUUUAACAAAGGCCAAUCUUAUGUCUCAUGCAAUUAUACCUGUGAAAUCAAUUCUAAAGAAAAAUAAAAAUAAAUCACAUGUGAAUAAAGAAACAAAGCAUGUGUCUUUCCAGAUGGAUGAGAACAAUGAACUGAUCAAUGAGGUUGCCACAUUUUCUCUCUCUAAGGAACCUGCACAGUCAUUGAUUGAAGUACAGAAAACAAAAGGCAACACAAAGUCACGGAAUGACACACACUCACCCGUAAAACUGACCGUCUCCAUGAAGAAAAAGGUGUUGAUGAAUUUGGCCUUGAAUGAAUCUGAGACAAUUGGCUCAUCAAGUCUUCAGGUUAAAAGAUCCCAUGGUAAGAAAGGUGUUAGCUCUUCCAGUCAAGGUUAUAGUAAAAGUAAUGUAAAUAAGGGAGAUAUAACCAACCAUGCAAAAAUCAUAUCAGAAGUCUUAAAAAAAUAUCCUCAUUUAGUUAAAGAUAAAAAGAAGAUUCGUCUGAAAAUUCUUAAGAAAGGAAAUGAAAAGGAGGGAGGAGGAAAAAUGAAGUCUAAAGUUCAGUAUCUUGUGCUAAGUGAUGGGGACACUAAAUCAAAGUCAGUUACUAAAGCAUCCAAAACUUCUUCCCUCUCGAAACAUGACACAACCACUUCACAGACAGGACUCAGUCAGCGUUCUUUUGAGUGCCCUGAAUGUACCGACAUGACUUUUAAAAGUUACUUUUUGCUCAAGAAACAUGUUUUCCUUUCACACAAAGAUAAGAGUAAUGCUAUACUUUCUCGCACUGAAAAUGUUCCUUAUGCUUGUUAUAAAUGUUUUGCAAAUGAGCCUUUAGAAUUUGACAACUAUUAUACUUAUCAACAACACAUGGGAGAGGUACACAGUAAAACUGAGCUUCGAUUGUGUAAUAUAUGUGGGUUCAAACCUAGACGUAAAAUAGAAUUAGCUUAUCACCAACAUACACAGCAUAACAAGAUAUCCAAAAGUUUUUGUUUCCCAAAGUGUGACCUUUGUGAUCACAUAGCAAUAAACGAUGCUGCAUUGCUUAAACAUCGAUCACAACAUAGAAAUGCUGAUAAUUACACCUGCUCUGUGUGUGGCGUAAAAUUUUGUUCUUUUGGAGCUCUGCAGGGGCACAUGCAGACCAAGUUGUGUCAAACAAAACCUUCAGUGAGUCAUAAGUGUCCCCAUUGUCCAAUGACAUUUGCUCGCUCAUACAACCUCAAGGCACACUGCAAAUCCAGUCACAAGUCUUUACAGAUAUCAUCACAGUCCACAUCAGGAGCAAAAGAAAUGCAGUCUCAAGGCUUGACACCUCAUAGUACAGAGUCACAAGCUGAGGAAGCAGAAAGCAGCAUUGAUAUAAUGAAAACUAGUUCUAAUUCACAUAAUGGGAAAGACAGUACAGAUACUGAAGUUGAAUGUGAAACUUUGACUGUUGUUGAUGAUCAGUCAUCCUCUGAAGCUGAAGCUUUAUCAACCGUAGCAAGCAGCUUGGUAGCAUCCUUGAGAUUACCAGAAGACACUAUAAAUCAUUACAUGUACUCUCAAGAUAAUAAGAUGGACUAUUCAAAUACUGUGGAUGGAGCAAAGGUUGAACAAGUAAUAUCAAAGCCAGUGGGACUUUCUGUGCAUCUUGAGAUUCCAUCUGUCUCCGAAUAUCAAGAUCACUCACAAUGUUAUGAUAAACCAUACAAUGUUCAAACAUCAGUUCAAGAUAAUACCAGUAUAAGUUCCAUAUUUCCUAUCAGUGUAGUUCCAAAUGAAGUUCUUCCAAGUCUUGUGCCUGGACAUAUUGUCCCUAGUCAUAUCUUGCAGGCUGGAUGCAUGAACUCCACAAGUGCACCAGUUCUUGGAGCUGCUUCCCAGAACUGGACAUAUGUCACUUACCAAGUACCCUCCUCCAGUGAUGAUUUACCAGGUGUUUUCACAGAAACAACUUCCAUAAAUGCUUCUUCUGAGGAUCCUCACCAUAGCACCAACACAGAAAAUGUUUACCAUAGUACAAGUACAACCAGUGUGGAAAAUAUUGAAAUGAAUCCUUCAAAUAUUAGUUGUACUGCAAGUGCUCCCAAUAUGAAUGGAGAACAUACUACUGUGACUGUAACAGACACCCAGACAACCAGAAAUUUAAGUCAGACUUCAUCUCUUCCUGUGGCACACACUUAUGAUUCAUUAUCCUCUCAGUUUGUAUGAACAGAGAUGAGACUCAUUUCAAAGCAUCAUGCAGUAUUUUCAUCCUUAUGGUAAGAUAUAUGUCACAGUAUUUAGGCAUAUAACUGUAGACAUUGCUUUGUAAUCCAUGUGUAGUUUAUCUCCUUAUUAUCAGCUUCCAUCUUUUGAAUUUUCCUGAUAACAAAAUGAAUCUCAAAUUUCAAACUUCUUUUUAGUGAUGGACAACGUGAGGAAAGAAUGGUAGAAGUGUUAGAAGUCUCACUAUGAAUAGUGAAAUUUUGAGGCUGUACAUGACCAUUUCUGGAAUAUUAACUUGAUAAAAGACAAAAUCUUU